AUGCCAGUGUCGACGCGAACGAGGCAAGGAGGCAGGUCCCGCGCUGCCAAGCAGCACGUCACUUCGGAGGGCGUCUCGAAGGCGACCGGUGGCGCGGCAGCUGCCAGCUCUCCAAGGGCUAGCGCACGAAACCAAAAGCAUGAUAGACAGACGCUGCGUAUGGAAGCAACGAGUCGAAAAUCGACCUUAAGUGGCGCUUCCAAGUCUGGCGCCGCGCAGACCGCUUCCGCACGAAGCGUACCAGGUUCGACGACACCUGUGCGCGUGUUACACAAAGCGCACCAGCCUGGCACGUUUGAGGAGGCGGCACCAAGGUCAGGAACGUUAUCACCGGAGACGCCAACGAAGGCUCCGAGGCCGUCAAGAACGCUGACGACAGCGACAUUGCAGGGAGCGACAGUCGGGGGCGGUGCCUCCACUUUGACAGCAAGUCCAGAGGGAUACGAAAAUGCUGAAGAUAUUUUACGUAUGUUUGACCUCGAUGUGCGAUACGGCCCUUGUGUAGGUAUCAGUCGCCUCGAGCGCUGGGAACGUGCCCAGGCGCUGGGCCUUGAACCGCCGCUGCUUGUGCGCGACGUACUCACGUCUGCGUCUGGUUUGCCGAGCGCUGCUUCUCUUAUGGAACCUAUUUUCUCCUUCCCCCAACGGUAUCUCUAA